CAUUCGUCUGCCUAAACCCAACUACCCUCUCUCUCUCUCUCUGUGUAAAUAAAAGUCCACCUUCGCUCUCUCUCUCUCUCUAGGGUUUCUCUCUCUCAUCGAUCGAGGCUGAAACAAUGGAGAAUUCUUCCAUCACCUCCUACGAGAAGCUGGAUCGCGCCGCGAACUGGGUCGUCACGAGCGUCGCCUCCGCGUUCUUCGCCUCACUGGAGCGAUUCUCCUGCAUCAAUCUCAGCACCAGCGACAUCGACGACGAAGACGACGAGGCCAACGAUCGCUCGAUGAUGUUCUCGAAGAUCGAUGCGAUCGAUGAUGCCGAAUCCGAUCCCGACAACUGGUCUCUGGUUUGAUUCGAUCGACAAAUUUGUUCGUUUUUAGUUGUUAGGUUUGUUAUUUUUUGUUAAUUGUUGCUAUGAUUACCGAUUUCGGCUUAGAAUUCUUGAAAUAUGAUUUCUUUUUACUGCCACGUGCAAUAAAAAAACCCCUUAACCCAUAAUAGUUGUUAAAUUGGUAAUUUCUAAACAGUUUUAGGUUUUAGGGUUAACUUGUGGUGCAUGUCAGAGGAUUAAAUUUAAAUUCACAACUAUCCUUGUUUUAUUUU